AUGGAUUCAAACUCAGACAAAUUGACUCUAAAUAUGACAAAAAAUACAAAUCUGACUUUGUUAGAAAAUGGAUUUUUAAAUGGGCCGAAGACACAAAAAAUGGAUUUGAUGCCAAAAAUGGAGAAAAAUGAAGGUGCCGAAAUUAAUGCAAAAUAUGGGAAGGCUGCCAAUCUUUUCAAGAAAUUGGGCGGGAAGACUUACGACUUUGUUGAGAAAUCUUGGCAACGUACCAAAAAUAGUUUUUCAUCAAUCAAUUACAACUAUCUUGUUUCUCUUUUCAACACCUUCAUGGUAGCAACAUUUCUGCUUUUGGUCCCAGUGUUGUUUACAACGUUCUUCUUCUACGUCUUCAUCGGCUCCGUUAAUUUUCUUUUAAAAAUAACUUUGCGCCAAACAAUUUUCCUUGGUUCUCUACAAUUAUUUGGAUAUUUUGGAUUGCUUUGCUACUAUUUUAUUUUUGUUUACAAAAUGUUGCUAAGCUUUAAACCAGCCUUGGUCGACUCAAAAUGGUUCUCUCUUCUCUUUAAAUUCGUCCCAAACUUUUUUAUGGGCAUUUUCUCUAUUCUUUUAUUCAUAAUUAUUUUCUCUGCAAAUUAUUGCAAUAUUAUGACUUUUGCUACGGAAUUUAAUUUUUAUCCAACUGUAAGAAUUGUUAUGACAACCUUUUGCUUGUUUUGUGUCCUGUGUGGCGUAAAAACUUAUUCUGAUUUUUUAAACAAUGUGGUAGCGAAAUACCCUUUUACGAUGAAUUCUUUUGUUAUUUUUUAG